UGUGAUCAUACUUUCUCUGUUUUCUUUUGAAAUAGGCACAGGUGCGAGCAGGUAGUCUUAUAGUCCUUAAAGAUAACCGUAACGUGAUAUUCAAUCUAUCAACCUAGUUGUGCUGGAAUGAGGGUGUUGUGGAUUUCCUAUCUGCUAGUUGGAGGCAUCGGAUGUUUCCCUGUGGAGAAAGAAUAUAGUGCUAAUAGUGCUCACACAAGCUCACUGCGGCAGCCACGUUCUUCUUGGAAUUUGUUCGGUGGAAUGGGGGGGAGUUCUGACCCAGACCACCGCUCCCUGCUAGCAAGUGUACCCGACCCAAGUUCUCACAAAGCGACCCGAGAUCCUGCUCAAGAUGGUAAAUCCAAUGCUGGCCAGAAACGUUUCAGAAGCUCUCCAGGUGUUUACCGCACCACCAACAUUGCUGUGGGUGACGUGUUUGACGAGGGCUCCGCUAGUUUUAGAGAUGGACUCUACAACAGUCCUGAGGUCGGUGUGUAUGGGUAUGAUCGUAGUGCUCCAGAUGGUAGCUUGGCUAGUACUCUCAUCGGUGACAGCUGGACUUCUGAACCGGCGGCUGGCUAUGAUGCCAUCGAUCAAAUCCCUCAGCCAGUCUUCAGCGACGUGUCCGAUCUGGAGCCAGUCUACUCUUUUAGUUCUCAUUCAAGCUACCAACGAGGAAGAACAGUAUUUGCUCGAAGCCGCUACACCCCAGGACAGUCCCCAACACAUGCUAGUGCGUAUCAGUAAAAGUGCUAAGCAAAGUCUUCCUGCCAAAACUCCAACUAAAAGGGCCUUCUGACUUAUCUGUGGUAAGCUGAAUUUAACCAUACGUGAUCAAAUGCCUAUGAUAAAUGACAUGCAAAUGACUUCCUUCUGCCCAUGUUU